AUGCGUUACCAAGAGGAUCCGCAGGAGACAGCUGCGAAAUCAAGCGACUCCGCAGGAGACAGCUGCGAAACCAAGCGACUCCGCAGGAGACAGCUGCGAAAUCAAGCGACUCCGCAGGAGACAGCUGCGAAAUCAAGCGCCUCCGCAGGAGACAGCUGCGAAACCAAGCGACUCCGCAGGAGACAGCUGCGAAAUCAAGCGCCUCCGCAGGAGACAGCUGCGAAACCAAGCGACUCCGCAGGAGACAGCUGCGAAAUCAAGCGACUCCGCAGGGACAUCUGCGAAAUCAAGGCCCCCUGGCAAUGUGCAAGCACCUCUGCGUGGUGCUAG